AAAAAUAGCGGAGAGGGUGUGAGAGUGCGAUAGCCCUGGUCUCUUGAAAUGUGGUCGCUGACCGCCCCGGAACGUGUGUAUCCUAGUCAACGGGCUCUCAGUCUAGGAUUGUGACAAAUCAGAUUUGAAACUUUGACAGCUCCGACUCUCUGUUCAAGCGUGCUCAUGCGAGGCACUAGAAAGUUUAUUUUUGAAGGCUAUAUGUAGGCUAUUAACUCUCAAAAGUAAGGAUAGUAUUACAGAACUAUUUUUAGGUUAGCGAAACAACCACAGCCACUUCGUUAAUAGUGAUAUACAUCCAAUAUACAUUUGGAAACAUUUGGCGAGCUCCAUGUGUUUCAGGCGAAAUAUGUAAUUGACUAGACAUAUCUGAUACAGAGUUGUAAUAUUGUGCUUGGAUCAAAUACAGGAAGGACUGAAUACGGAUGUAUCACAAUGACCCAUGCCGCGCGCAUGGUAACAAACGGAUUGCCAACUUACUGUCGUUUCACAAGCUAAUAUCUUUACUUUGAAGCAUGACUUUUCCGUAACAUUGUGUAACUAGUUGUACUUUACUGAAGACGUAGGCUUUUCGUCGUUCUUUAGCGUUUAUCGAGUUGGACCAGUAAAAAAUAGCUGGACAAUAAUUGGCAAGACAUGGGGACUCAAGGCACUGGACGGAAAAGAAAUCCGAAUAAGGAAAGGUCGACGGCCGAAGAUGAUGCCCUAAAUCUUAUAGCAAGAGAGGCGGAGGCCAGGCUGGCGGCUAAGCGGGCAGCCCGAGCAGAAGCCAGAGAGAUCCGGAUGAAGGAGCUGGAGAGACAGCAGAAAGAGAUCUUUCAGGUUCAGAAGAAAUAUUACGGCCUGGACACCAAGGUGGACAGUAAAGCAGACGCCAAAUGGGGAGAUAUCGAACAGUGGAUGGAGGACAGUGAGAGGUACUCACGGAAACAUGCCUCGAUCUCCGACGAUGAUGAACGCAUGUCUGUGGGCAGCCGAAGCAGUGUGAGGUCGGACCUAGACACUCUGGGCACCUACGCUGCAGGGGGCUCCUCCUCGUAUUCUCAGAAGAAGUCAAAGAAGAAGAAGAAACACAAACACAAAGACAAAGAUAGCAACGGCUAUGACGAUGGUUACAGUGCCGUAUCCAGCAGGAGCUCCAGACUCAGUGAUGACAGCAGGAUGUCUCGUGACGACACUAGGGUGACUCGCUCAUCCAAACUAGACUUGACGAGCUCCAGACUCAGUGAUGACAGCAGGUUGUCUCGCUCCUCCAGACUGGACCUCCAGCCGGCAGCCUAUGCUUCCUCUGACUUAUACAGCAGCAAUGGCCUGUCUUCCUCUAGACAGCAAGGCUCUGCUUACAAUGGCUACCAGUACUCCGGUCUCCUCAGUCAGAUCUCCUACCAGCGGAAACACAGGGCCUCCUUGUACGAGGACAGCCUGUACAGUGUGUCUCGGCGGGUCACUGGCUCCAACUCUCGCCCCUCAGAGUACAGUAGCUAUCGAGGCUCCAGGGCUUCCUCCAGGGCCAGCUCUGCCCGUGCCAGCCCAGUGGAGGACGGCAGCUCUGUGGCCAGCUUCCUGCGCAGCGCGGCCCCGGGGGGCGUCCUGCCAAGAGACCUGGACCAGCUGUCCAUCCCCAGCCUGUCAGACAGCGAGGAUCGAGAUUACCUGGAAAAGGGUUCUCGAGCAGCUUCCGUCCUAUCGGCAGCGACCCUCGCCUCGCUCGGCGGGACUUCCUCCCGGAGAGGAAGUGGUGAAAUAUCCAUUGCUGCUGACACCGAGGUCUCCAUAAGAGAGAUCAAGGAGAUUCAUGAGCUGAAGGAUCAGAUACAGGAUGUGGAAUCCAAGUACAUGCAGAACCUCAAAGAAGUCAAGGACGCCCUGGUGGAGGUAGAGGAGAAGUACCGUAAAGCCAUGGUGUCCAACGCCCAGCUGGACAAUGAGAAGAACAACCUGAUGUACCAGGUGGACACGCUGAAGGACUCGCUCAUGGAGCUGGAGGAGCUGCUGGCUGAGUCACGUCGGGAGUACGAGGAGAAGGUCAAGGAGCACGAGAGGGAGAAGCAUGCUCACGCCGUGCUGCAGUUCCAGUUCAACGAGCUGAAGGAGACGCUGAAACAAAGCGAGGAGAUGCUGACUGAGAUCCGUCAGCUGCGAAUGAAGCAGGAUGGUUUAAACAGAGAGAUCUCUGACCUCCAGGAGACAGUGGAGUGGAAGGAUAAAAAGAUCGGGGCCCUAGAGCGGCAGAAGGAAUAUUCAGACGCGAUCCGAAACGAGCGAGAUGAGCUCAGGGAUGAGGUGGUCCAGCUGAAGGACAUUCUAAAGAAACAUGGGAUUGUGCUGGGACCCGACCUGACCACCAAUGGAGAGAGUGUGGAGGCAGCGAGCGAGGGCUCGCAGGGUGUGGACCCAGCCUCUCGCCUGGCCCAGGACCCCCACACCCCCUCGGAGGGGAACAGCGUGCUGGGGAAAGCUCGGGAGAUGCAGUUGGCAGGUAGAGGAGAUAAGGAGGUGGAUCCACCAGGGUCCAGGCAGCGAGAAGAGAAGCAGGAAGAGGGGGAAGAGGAGGUUCUGACCCCCCCUGACCCCCGGGGCCUGGGAGCUGAUCCCAGGACUGAAACAGCCGUAGAGAAACAGCAGGGUUUCCUCUCACGAGAUUGUGAAGCUGCAGAUGACCUCAACAAAGACGGUCGUAAUGAUUUUGCAGUUGCAGAUGUGAAAAGGUCCGGCUCCAUUGAGGAACAGGUGAUUCUGACAGAUCCUGAGCACAGUUUAGAAGUAGAGGAAACAGAAAACAGACUCGCAGGCGUAGAGAGGGGUGACGCAGGGGAGAUUAAGGGGAGUGAUGGGGAAGAUGACCCUAAGAAGGUCAAAGUGCAUCAUUUAGAGAGUCAGCCAGUCAGCCAAAGUGUUAACGGUUCAACAGAAACCUCCUCAGAGAAGCCCCCUGCAGUUGAGGACAAAACAAAUAUAAAAGCAUCAAACAAUCCAGGAAAUGACCUUGAUGGAUCGGGUCAGAGGCAGGUCCAAUCAGACGCUGGGUCUCCAGAGGAGGUGGAGAAAGCAGAGGUGGAGGUCCCGGAGGAACCAGACGUGACCUCCAGUCAGCCUCAACCCCAGGGCGGGAACGCCUCAGGCAGGAAGAAGAAGAAAAAGAAGAAGAACAAGAAGAAAAGGGGAGAGUCUCAGAACGAUGAAAAGCCGGGGGGCGACGCGAAGACCGGCGGAAAGAACACGAAAGAGAACGAAGACUCGGGUAGCAGAGAGAAGCCGUCUGAAAUGGUUGAACCCCAACAGGCUUCCACUGUAAUUCCAAAUGAAUCUCAGAUUGACCAAGAAAACGGUCAGAAAACAGUUUUGGAAGCCACGCAAAAUCCCACACUGGACCCAGAGAAGCCGGAUGCAGGAACAAAGGCAUCAUUCUCUGAGUCAAACUGCAGUAUUUCUACUAUGAGUUGUGUUGCCGAGUGUACACCAAACACUGAUCCUAAAGUGGAACCAGAACUCACAACCAACAAGGAAGAGAUUAUAAUCCAGACAGCAUUGCCAGCAACCACUGAUAUUUUAAUAGAACAAUCAGAACCCACAUCUCAGGUUAUGAACGAAGCAAAUGAGUCAAAACACCCAGACAGUAUCAGUGCUCUCGGAGACAAAUGUGAGUUGAUCACUGCCAAAACUGAAAACAAGGAGGUGGAAUUUGAGUCCCCAAUCGAAACUGACAUCCAUACAGAGAAGCCCAAACACACAAGCAGCCAUGAUGAAGUUGUAAAUGAUCCAGAGACGUCCACUGACUCCAGAUGUCAGUCGGACUUUCAGCCGUCCGCAAAUGCUGUUUCAGCAGGUGUCAAAGAAGACGAUGUUUCGAGGGUCUCCGAUGCUGACCCCACAGAGACGAUGUUUCAAACUUUCGAAGAGGAAUCAGGAACUGACUUUCAAACAUCUCCUAAACUCAGACCAGAGCUGGAUCAGAUAACACUGGAAGCCCCAAGUGAUGAGGAUGGUCUCGUUAGCCCAGACCAUUUCAGUGCUAAAGCAACACUAGUCUUGGAGAGGCUUCCCCAGGAGGAACCAGACGGGAGCGACAGGGACUCUGAAAAUGCCCCCGAACGUGACAACACAGUCCAAGCAGAGGCAGAGAAGGGCCACAGCUCAGAUAACAAGACAUCUCUGGAUGGCAGCUGCCUCAAUGAGACCGUGAGCGAGUCUGAGGUAUCGGGUGAUGUAUCUGGUGUGGUGUUGAACCCCCAGCUACUGAAGGAGAUGUGUGUCGCUGCCGGGGAACACGCCACCACACAGAGCAGCUCAGGAGGGUUGGAGGGUUCUGCCACUCCAAGCGCCAACGACGAGAAGGAUGAGACACGUUUGGGUUUAUCCUCGAGCGAAGACCAAGAGGAUUCCAGGAAGGACGUGCGAGAGGACGACGAGCUGAUUAGACCCCCCAUGCUGGAGAGCGAGGAAGAGGAGGAGGAGAAUAUGAAAGGGCAAUCAUUUGACUUCGACGACUUGGAUUUGGAGAUUUCGGCAGACGACAAAUCUGAAACUCACCAAACAAAUGUACACACGGAGAAGGUGGUCACGUCAGAGGAGGUUGGCGGUUGUAACAUGGAGCAAAGCCAAAGUAAAGCUGUUAGUGAAGAGUCAGACACAAUGCCACAGCUUCUAACUCAGGAAGAUCCUGACUCUUGUCUGAGACGCAAUAAAGGGGAGCCUGAGGACCAGUCAACAGGACAGAGAGAUACUGUAGUGGAAGAGCAGGAGGCCAGUGGGCCAGAAGAACACCCAAGCUCAAAGCAAGAAGCCCAUAGCCCAGAGGUAGAGAUCCAGGAACAGCUAGCGGCUUUCCCAGAAGAAGUGAGAGAGGUGAAUGAACAGGGGAGCAUUCCGGAGGAGAGAGCAGGAUUGAUCAUCGGACAACAGGACGGUGCACAAAGUGGAGGGGUGCAGAAUGAUGAGCAUGCUGUUUUGGUGGAGGAAGGGGUGGAAGCUAUCGAUGAUGGGCUGCAGGCUGAGAGGUUAGGUAUCCAGAACAUAGCGGAGCCAGUCGUACAGAACUAUGAGCCUUCUAGGAAAGGAUCUAAAAGCAGCAGCAGCAAGAAGGGGAAAGGAAAGGGGAAAGAGGACUGUAAGAUGUCCUAGUCAUAGGACCCAGAUACAUACCUUUUUUUUAUACAUGUAAUUCCGGUUUUGGCUUCAAACAAAAAAAUAAUAAUUGAGAUCAGAACAGCUUCGAAGUGAUUGUAAGGUCCAGACUUUUUGAGACAGUUAAUCUCUAAAUACGUGUCUGUAAAAGUUAUGUCAUGGAUACUAAGAUGAUAUUGUACUGGUUGCUUCAAAGAACAUACUGUAUUUAUUUUGUGGAAUUAGUGAGCAUAUUAGCUACCAUAUUUAUCAUGCUUCAUGCAUCAGUACGUAUUGCACCAUUUUGACUUCAUACUCUUACAACACAUAACUAAUGGACUUUUUUUAACAAAUGGUUGUGUAUAACAUCUAGGUAGAAGUAUUAGAUAAAUCGCCAACAAGUCUAAAAUCUUGCGGCUGACCACCCAGUUCCAGUUGUCAAAGAAAGCAGGUGAUUGUUUACUGAGAAGUUCUUUUGUAAUCCAGUGUUGUCAGAACACAGUAAUUAGGCUUUUUAUGAAAAGUAGUCCCUCGUCGCAUUGGGGGAAAACGUCACAGGAAAUUCACUUCAGCCAAUUAUGUAUGUGUUGUAUUUGUCUUAUUGUUUUUGAUUCUGUUUGAUGCAACUAAAUAAAUAUCAGGUUCUAAAUGGGCA